AUGAAUUUAGUGGACCUGGGGUGCGGGUGGGCAGCAAUUGAAUCCAGAAGGCAUCACGCGAGGUUCUACAGAUUGAUGUUUUCUGUGGAUGUGGGAUUAUCGGCAGUGAGCAAGAUCAGCAGAUCGGUGGCGCUCUCUCGUCGCAUGACCGCGUCCGCCCUCCUCCUGCUCUUCCUCCUCGUCGCCACAGAGAUGGGGGCGACGACGACCAAGGUGGCGGAGGCGCGGGACUGCCUGUCGCAGAGCCACAACUUCAAGGGCGCGUGCCUCAGCAGCAGCAACUGCACCGCCGUCUGCCAUACGGAGAACUUCCCAGACAGCGAGUGCCACACGCCGCACUUCGCGCGCAAGUGCUUCUGCAAGAGGCCCUGCUAGACCGCCUGCUGGCCCCGCCCUGCCGGCCAGCGCCGAGACCUCUGAUGCUAGAUCAUCCGUGCCGUGAGCUUAUACUAUCUGUUCUGUUGGUCGGUGCAUCCAUGUUUCGUCAGUCGUUCUUCUUAACGAGACGACUAGAUCAUCCGUCCGUAACAAGUUCUAUGUUGUUCCUCGGUGUGUCCCGCUUAGUAGAACUAAUAAACUAGAAAAUC